GAUCUGGAGUGAUGAGCCAGAAGACCUCCUCUUGCGUGAUCCCGACAAGGAUAAGUACCAGUUCGACCGGAAUCGCUUCGCCCGCGCCGUCCGCUGUGCCGAGGAGAGUAGAGCAGCUCUGGUCGGAAACUGGCGCGAGCUUGGGUGGAAAAAGCGGAAGAAGGAGAUAGAGCAGAUUGUCUACCUUGAUGAAGACGAAGGCAAAAAAGUCUUCGUACUCAAGUUUCAGCGGUGGCUUGAGCAGCGCCAGCUGGGAGAUUGCCUACAGAGAGAUCAAGGGCGAGAUCCACCCUCAUCUGAUGGUAAGCCUCCCAGAGCCUUCCUGUACUACCGGUACACGCCCCCAUGCUUUCCCGAGAACGCGCAAAUGCGGCCUGACGGUCACUGGGCGACUGCCUAUCAUGGCACCUGGUUUUACGGACUACGCAGCAUUCUGCACCACGGUGUUUUGCUCGAGUCUACAGAUGAGAGCGCAGGUCACGAGUUCUGGCUGUCAGGGCUGUACGUGACGCAAAAUCUGUAUACCGCCAACUGGUACGCACGAGCGCAGAACGUCUUCAACGACGGUGUGUUCCACCGAGCCAUUAUGGAGGUCAAGUAUGACCCUGCCAAGAGAAAAAAGUACCGCGAGAGAGGGGGUGGCCAGAUCGUAGUCAGCAGCGAUGGUGUGGCAAUCACCGGCGUCAUCAUCCAGCCCAACUCCCCGCCCAACAAAGGUGAAGAACGAUCUGAGGAGUGGAAUGACAGGCUGGAGAUCAUACCUGGCCGGAAUUUGGAGGAGCAUCAGGAGCAGAAGGAUCCUCCAAGAGACGCUUCCCGCUCUCGC